GGUUUUUUAAUCAGACGUAGAAUUAAUACAUUAUUAGGACAUUGAGUGGCAAGAAAAAAAUUGAAUUGGUAUGGCCGCGUGUGGCGAUUAUAUUAGGAAAGAGUUUCCCACUAUCGACGAUGAUUUGUAUCAGUACGUCGAAGGGAUUCUUGACAGUUCUAGAGAUGAUUUUGAGGAUGGAGAAGAGGUAUACGAAGCGAUUGGCGAGGUACUGCACGAGGUAGCUGACAAACCCGAAAAAGAGGUUAGGAAAAUAUGCAAGAGACUACUGGCAAUAUUGAAAGGGAUCCCAGAUGGAGGAUUAGAUGUUGUAAAUGACAAACGAAACAAUGGUGUAAAUAAAGUAUUAAAUGCUCCUGUUAAUUUGGGAGCAAUGGCUGCAACACUCCAAGAUCAAGUUGAAGACAUCAAAAGUAUUUGGGUUACUACCAGAGAUGAUGGAUCUAAAGUAGAUGCUAAGAAGUUAGAGAAAGCAGAGGCUAAGUUGCAACAAAAACUUGAGAAAAGAGUCGGUGAUUCUGGGGCUGUGAAUCGAAAUGUUAACGCUAGCAUGGCAUUAGAAACUGCCAGUGCUAGUCAGAUGACUAGCAAGAAAGACAGUCGUAUGGAGGGUAAAGGUGGAGUAAACCGAACCCAAGAUAUUAGAAUAGAAAAUUUCGAUGUAGCGUACGGAGAUAGAGUUCUUCUCCAGGGCGCUGAUUUGACUCUUGCCUUUGGUAGGCGUUAUGGUCUUGUUGGUAGAAACGGUCUCGGAAAAACUACGCUACUCAGAAUGAUAUCAAGCAAACAAUUGAGAAUCCCUUCACACGUACGAGUGCUUCAUGUGGAGCAAGAAGUGGCCAGUGACGAUACCUCUGCACUCCAUUCUGUGUUGGAAUGUGACCACGAGCGAAGUGAGUUAUUGAGCCGCGAAGCUGAUCUCCAACAUGCUUUGGAGGAAGGUGGUGGUGAUUCCAUUGGAGAAGAGCUGGCGCGUGUCUAUGAGGCUAUGAGACUGGCAGAGGUAGACAAAGCUCCAGCUAAGGCUAGUGCUAUUCUCUCUGGUCUUGGCUUCUCUGUAGAGAGACAGAGUUGGCCAACAAAAUCUUUUUCCGGUGGUUGGCGAAUGCGACUUGCUCUAGCCAGGGCUUUAUUCUCUAGACCGGAUCUGCUACUUCUCGACGAGCCUACCAACAUGCUUGACAUCAAAGCAAUUCUUUGGCUUGAAAAAUAUUUGCAAUCGUGGCCCACAACUCUCUUGGUUGUUUCACACGACCGAAACUUCUUGGAUACGGUACCCACAGAUAUAUUGUACUUGAAAGCACAAAAAAUUGAAGCGUAUCGUGGAAAUUAUGAUCAGUUUUCAAGGACGAAAGGAGAACGGGAACGAAAUCAACAGAGAGAAUUUGAGGCGCAACAGGCAAAAAGAGCACAUGUACAGGAGUUCAUUGAUCGUUUUCGUUAUAAUGCUAACAGAGCCUCUAGUGUUCAGAGCAAAAUUAAAAUGCUGGAGAAGUUGCCUGAGUUGAAGCCAAUGGAAAAGGAGGGAGAAGUAACUCUUCGGUUCCCAGAAGUUGAAGCACUCAGUCCCCCAAUCCUCCAGUUGAACGAAGUCUCGUUUCGUUGGGAUAAUAGUCGAAAUGAUAUCGCAUUUUUGUUUUCUGGUGUUAAUCUCACUGCGACACUACAAUCACGGAUUUGUAUCGUUGGAGAAAAUGGAGCAGGAAAAACAACUUUGCUAAAAAUAAUAACUGGGAAAUUAAGCCCUACACGAGGUACGGUACAUCUCCAUCGAAAUUUGAAGUUUGGAUACUUCAGCCAACAUCACGUUGACCAGCUAGACAUGAGCGUCUGUCCUGUUGAAUUGUUGCAAAAUCACUUCCCAGGAAAACCCAUGGAAGAGUAUAGACGAAUGUUGGGUAGCUUUGGUGUUAGUGGGGAUUUGGCUUUACAGACUAUAAAUUCGUUAUCCGGAGGUCAGAAAUCCAGAGUGGCACUAGCUCUAAUGUGUGCAGCGAUGCCAAACUUUUUAGUACUUGAUGAGCCCACAAAUCACUUGGAUAUCGAGUCCAUCGAAGCUCUUGGCAAAGCUCUCGAGGCCUAUCAAGGUGGUGUCAUAUUAGUUUCCCAUGACGAGCGUCUGAUCCGUAUGGUCUGUCAAGAGCUAUGGGUUUGCGGAGAAGGAGGUGUACGAUGCAUCGAGGGUGGAUUUGACGAGUAUCGCCGAAUUAUAGAAAAAGAAUUGGAAGCCCAAAAGUCGUGAUUGAUUGAAAACACUAACACUGAUCAAUCGUGCCAACCACAAACAACACAUUUCACUCUGGUGACGAAACUUUCCAACUUUCACACACUUGGUUAAUCUUAUUAAUAAUCGAUUAUUCUUUAAUAUAUUAUGAACAGAAAUAUUGUAUGUAAUAAUCUUGCACGAAUUCUGUGCAAAAGCAAUCUUUGAGAAACUAAAAUAUCAUUCGCUGAAUCGAUCUGGUAUAUAUCAAUAUAUUACACCCUUGGCUCUUGAUACGAUACAUAAGUAGUGCAAGCUGUCACUCACAUUUCAUACUUUUUAUUUAAUUUCAGGGUAGAUUCGCUUUCGAUGAAUGAAAAAAGUAACGUAUUAUUAUUGCUGUAUAUCUAAUUUAAUAAAUUGAUUAUUGAUCACUGUGA